AUGGAUCGCUCUCGGCACCGUGCGGGAAAUGGCAAUGAGCAGGCAUCUUCACGAGAGCGCAGCCACGGUGAAGAUGAGAGACAACGACAGCUGGAGCGCCUCAGUAGGGAGGAGGCCUAUUACCAGUUCAUUAAUGAACUCAAUGAAGAAGACUACAGGUUAAUGAGAGACCGCAACCUGCUUGGCACUCCUGGGGAAAUAACAGCAGAAGAGUUGCAGCAACGCUUGGAGGGGGCUAAGGAACGUCUGGCAUUGCAGACUGAUCUGGAUAACAGAGAAGGUGAAGAUUCUGAUGUUCUUGGAGAAAACUCAAAUGGUGACUCUUUGCUUGAAUGGCUGAACACAUUUCGUCGCACAGGAAACGCUACUCGCAGUGGACAGAGUGGGAACCAAACCUGGAGAGCUGUGAGCCGAACAAAUCCAAACAGUGGGGAGUUUCGAUUUAGUCUUGAAAUCAACAUAAAUCACGAGCAUAACAGUUUUGAAACUGCUGGGGAGGAGUAUGUGGGUAUAGAUAGCAGCAGAAUGUAUUUAGAAAGGAGACAUCAAAGAGCUGUCAGUCCAGUAACCCCACGAACGAGGAGGAGAUCUGCAAGGGAGGCAAACAGCGAGGCUUCGAGCACUGCAAGGACCAGGUCUGUAAGGAGAUCAGUGGCACAAAGCUCUGAAGCAGCCUCCUCUCUGAUCUCAGGGAGGCUCAGGAGUAGAACAAGGGAGUCAGCAGGCCUUUCCCAAACAAUUACUGCACGUAAUAAUUCUGCAGCUACUGGUGAACAAAGAGAAAUGCCAGAAAGAGGUACAUCUACAGGAGUCCCAAGAGGUAGAGGUAGAACUAAUGUUCGGAUGAGUACAAACCAAAGACUAGAAAUUCUGCGGCUGAGGUCUACUGUAAGUAGUCGAAGCCGCUCUCCACUGCAAAGGCAAGGUGAUCCUGCUCGCUCUGAGGAACGUGGGAGGAGGCAGGAUAGAAAUGCACAGCAAGUCAACAGAAGAAGACGACAAACAGCUCAGCCUUCUCUGCGGCCUGCUGAAGAACAAGCAAGAGGUAACACUCAGACUCCUCAACUUUCCAGUAUAGCCCCAUCCUUGGGAAUAACUUUGGAAGAGGAGGAAGCUAGUAGGCCAGUAGCUGCUGUUAGAAGGCAUCCAACAAUUACAUUAGACCUUCAGGUGAGAAGAAUUCGUCCUGGAGAAAACAGAGAUAGGGACAGCAUUGCCAGCAGAACUCGUUCUAGAGUAGGAAUGGCAGAAAACACAGUUACCUUUGAAAGUGACAGCGGGGGAUUUCGGCGUACGAUAUCACGGUCAGAACGUGCGGGUAUUCGAACCUACGUUAGCACUAUACGGAUACCUCUUCGCCGGAUUUCAGAAACUGGGCUUGGUGAACCUUCAUCAGUGGCUCUUCGAUCAAUCCUUAGACAAAUUAUGACAGGCUUUGGAGAACUGAGUUCUUUAAUGGAAACUGAAUCUAACUCAGAAGUGCAAAGGGGUGGUCAUCUCUUACCAAGUGUACAGUCAGAGCAGAAUAGCUCAAGUUCAGCAGACAGCAGCAGUGAUCCAAGUGAGGUUUCACCGAGAAGCGGGCACGCAGCAGAAGGCAGCAGGGAAACAAGUGGACAGAGUGAUGAUACUCAAAACUACAGUCGCAAUAAUGAAACCCAAGAUCACAGGCAGUCUCAAGAUGCGAACAACCUAGUGGAAAAUGGAACACUGCCCAUACUUCAACUUGCUCACUUCUUCUUGCUGAACGAAGAUGACGACGAUGAUCGUUUAAGAGGUUUAACCAAAGAGCAGAUUGACAAUCUUUCUACCCGGAGCUAUGGGGAUAUUCACACUGAAAAUGAAAUAAGUAAAACGUGUACUGUUUGCAUUAAUGAAUAUGUAACAGGGAAUAAGCUAAGGCAGUUACCUUGUAUGCAUGAGUUUCACAUUCAUUGUAUUGAUCGCUGGCUUUCUGAAAACUCCACUUGCCCAAUUUGUCGGCAGCCUGUUUUGGGGUCUAAUGCCACAGACAAUGGCUAG